AUGGACCAAGCAAACUCUACACCUUUCACUACUGAAAUCGAGCAAGCUAUUCCCCCAAAGAGAUUCUCAACACCUUCAUUCAGGCAUUUAAAGGGGGAUUCUAAUCCCAAGAGUCAUCUAAAACACUUCAAAAGUGUUAUGAUCCUUUACAAGGUUGACAACGCACUGAUGUGCAAGGUGUUUACAAUGACCUUGGGUGGAGUAGCCCAAGACUGGUUCCGCACCCUACCAUUCGGGUCGAUCAGCAACUUCAAAGAGCUAGCUUACGUCUUCACCAAAGAAUGCACUACUUAUCGGACAAUCAAGAAGAACCCUUACUACCUCUACAACCUGCACAAGAAGUCCGAUAAAUCCCUUCGAGAUUACAUCAAGAGAUUCAAAGCAGAAAAUGGCAACAUUGUAGGAUGCAACGACCGAAUUGCGUCCUCUGUCUUCAGAAAAGGUCUUUCAGCUGAUCACUCCCAGCUAAACUCUAGCAGAGGUCUUCGUGACCACAAAAGCUACGCACUCUAG